UCCAAGAAGAAAAAAGAGAAUUAAUCCAUUCAUCCAUCAUUCAUUCAACUACUAUCUUGAACAACAGCAACUCGCAGAGCAACAUGCAUCUGUCUUCUAUACCGCUCUGUGGCCUCCUCCUCAUCUUAAAGCUGCAGCUGUCCAGCACAUACCCCAUCAGCACUGGCUUGACGGACACAGACAUGGACAUGUUGAAGGUGCUCCUCAGCAGACUGCAAGAGUCAGUGUCAGAGCAAACUGCAGAGGACCAAAGUGCUCCUGCCCAGAGGGACCUUCUAGACAGCCUGAGCACAGCGGACGGACAUCAGCCAGAGGCUGGACUCAGUGAGGCUGAAAUCCGGGAGUUUCUUUCAGCCAAAAACCUGAAGAGCGUCCGCAACGACUCUUCUCGGAGAUCUUCUGGUUGCUUUGGGCGACGGAUGGACAGAAUAGGCUCCAUGAGCUCUCUGGGGUGCAACACUGUGGGCAGAUACAAUCCAAAGCAAAGAUGAAGUCUUACCAUCCAUUUCUGAAACUGCAACGUCUCUAUCCAAAGAUUCUUUUAUUUAAAGGCUAUUUAUUUACUAAUAUUUAUUAAGUAUUGUGACUAAGAACAAAUAUUUUAAAAAAUGUA